UAUUUUGUUGUAGUUAAGAGCAGAUCAACGUGAGAGAGAUCUCGUGGGAUUAUAAAAACGUGUUUUGUUUUUGAUUUAGUAGGACGUGGGUUACACGUCAUAUAUACACACAAGAUGUUUACUGAUGAAAAUGAUCAAUGCUUUUACCAAAACACAUGGUUACUGUAGAAAACACAGGACAAAAUACUUGAAUCGCAAUUUGCUGUUGUAAGCUUUUCCAGCAUCUUCUGGACAGUGAACACAUGAUGUCCAGAUCCAGAUUUCUACAAUAAGACCACUGAGGGAACCACACAACAACCAUUACACGAGACAUUUACACAACAUGAUUUGACAUUUACGAACACACAUAUUGAGUUUAAAGGAUGUUAAACUCUUCAACGCAUUCAUUUGAGUCUGUUUCAUCGAUUUUAGUUCAAUUCUAAUCGAUGCUUCAUAAACUUAGGAGGAGGAGGUUUACAGUGUUAAGCAUUGACCUCUUUAUGGCAAAAUCCAGUUUAGUGUCAUGACUAAACAUAACACGUAAGCCUUUAUAAAGCUGGAUCAUAACCACUGAGAAACCCUUUGACCUUCAGAAACUCACCCAAUCACAGCACUGCAUUCAUAUCUCAUGUGUAGACGUGCACGGUGUGAAUAAACUCUGUUUUUAUGCCAUCGGCCUCAUCGGAGCUCUCAUUCUAACGGUAUGUAUUGCACAUUUACAGUGUGUUCAUGUCUGUCUACUGUAUAUAACUAUGAAAAUUACAUUUAUGAUUGACAAGAGAUGACUGUGUCAUCUCUCCACAAAAACAGUGCGUUCCUCAGUUAAUAGCUCUCCACUGCAUUUCAUAUUUUGACUUUCUACAUCAUUGAAGCACCCAGAUAGUUUCAAUCAUUUCAGUAUUUUACCCUGGGAAGUUAGAGUGAUUUGAUAUAAUAACUGGCUCUCAUCUUUAAUAAGAUGAAUAAAAUGUUCAGCAGUAAUCUGUGAUGCGAGAUGUGUUUGACAGGUGUGCUGCACGUCACGAUGGCUGGAGACCGUGAUCUGGCCACGCCGACCCCCGGCGAGGAGGACGAGGUCUUCUUUAAAAACUAUGUCCCACCCGCUCGAGACGCCAUCCAUCUUCCCAUUCAUGUUUUCUACCUCAUCCUUGCGUUCAUGGUCAUAGUAGCAACCCUCUAUGCCAUCAUCGGACACCUCAUCAAGGACCUGAUGCAUGAUUUUGCAGACUCUUUGUUUGGAAAACAGCCAGAUGAGGUCCAGAUCAACCUGUGUGAGACCAAAGAUAAAUUCAUGGUAGACUGGUGUCCAGAGACGAGUCCAGAGCUGGAGGAGAUGGCCCGAGCUGAGGAGAUCCGGGUGGUGAUGGAGGGCAACAGACACACACCGGCCAUCUGGAUCAUCUCUGAUGGGAUGGAGCCGCCCAGAGUACCGCGCUCCGGCCCGCGUGUGGCCUUCGGCAAGAAUGUAUAGAAAGGGACUUCAUGUACAGUAACAGAUGGAGGUUCUUCAUAAACACUGACGCUUGUGUAACAGAGCGAUUACUCACACAUAAACACUUUUGAUUGUUGUGACACCUGCUGGUGUUUCCUGUGUACUGCAAAUAAAAAAGAUGCUUGAUGUUAUGACAAGCUUGAGUUUUGUGAGUUUUAUGAAAUUCCCCCUUACAUGGUUUUACUACAGUAAGUAGGCUAAUUGUAGUAACCAUGUUUUUUUUGGGCGAAUUAAUUAUUAAUAUUUGUAUAACUAUGGUUAUUGUAGUAA